AUGGCUUGUAAAGUAGCACUUUUCCUUUCAACAAGACGUGAAAAUAAUACUUGUAAUAGUAUAUUUAGAAUGCAUUUACCGUUAACUUUCUAUGAAGAUGCAUUUAAGGUGCCGAAAUUAGAAUUUUACGAAUUUCGAGUCUUAACAUGGAUUAUUUACUGCUUUCUUAUCACCAUUACGGAACAAAAAUCAAAGGCUCUGCAAUUUCGUAUGUUACCAAUAAAAUCAGAGAAAUUGACAAUAGCAGAACUGCCAUCAUAUAAUUUAUUUGAGCCCUACGGUCCCGGAACAUAUGCAUUUGGAUAUGAAAUUGAGGAUAAUGCUUCAAAUAAUAUUCAAUUCCGUGAUGAAGAAAAACUAGAGAAUGGUACUGUUCGUGGAUCUUACGGUUUAGUUCGACCAAACGGUUUAGUUUCUAUCACACGAUAUUUUGCUGAUAAUAGUGGUUAUCAUUCAAGUACACAAACUUUUAAUCAAAAUGAUAAAAAGCCUUCUAUAUUAACGUCAACAUUAUCACCACUAAUUGAAUUAUCAAGUCCAAGUGAUGUGAUGUUUCUUGAUGUACCGAAUCCAGCAACAAUUUCAUCACUAGUUGCUCAACAUAUUUUAGAACAAAAUAAGGUUGAUUUGGCUACACAAUCAUCGAAUAUUCCUAUUACUGAAAUUUUUUCUGAUGAUGACAAAGAUACUAAAACCGGCAAUAAAUCUGAUAAUGAUAAAAAGUUUACCGGACAGUCGUCAGCAACAUCAUCUAUUCAACAAAUAACACCAACACAUAUUCCAAAUUUACCAGUGAUAGGACCAAUCAAAAUACCAACGCAAAAUUCAAAUUCCGACACAAACAAGGUUGAUAAUCAAACUGGUAUAAAACCUUCUUCCGAUGAAAUAUCUAAUAUACUAAUGCCAUCAAAUCCUUCUGACAUUACCAACAUUUUCCAAACUUUAUUGCCACAUAUUCCAAAUUUACCGAUAUCGUCAAGCACAACACCAUUACCGCAAGGUACCACUACACCAGCAACUGCCGAGAACUUAUCAGACGAAAAAAACAGUGUUAUUUCUUCUUCAUCCCAACCAAAUAUUUUCGAAAACAUAUUGCCGCAUAUUCCUCAGGUAUCUCUCCCACCUAAUAUGAUUGGAGCUACUACAAAAAAGCCGACCGCUACAAGCAUGAAUGAUUUAUUUGAUAAUACUGAACUUGAAAACUCAUCGUCUUCAACAACGGCUGCAACAACAACAAAUAAACCAACCAGCAAUUUGCCUUCAGUUUCUAAUGUAUUUGAAAAUCUUUUACCUCAUCCACCACAAAUACCAAUAUCUAUUAGCAUGGAUAGUACUACGAAGCCAUCACAGUCUUCUACAUCAUCGUCAAGCAAUUUAUUAGAUGAAAAUGAAACAAGUGAAUCAUCAAUGCCUUCUGUUCAGUCUUCAACUUUAACUUCAACUACCAAUAAACCUACUUCUACAACAAUUGACGGUUUUCCCCCAUUAUCUCAAAUAUUUGGCUUUUUGGAUCCAGCAAAUUUUCCAAUUUUAAAACCGCCAGCAAACAUACCAAAUAAACCAGACGGAUCAGAAACGUCUUCGGGAACUGCAGCGAUGGAUACUAUUUUAGAUAAUACAACGCCAAUUGUGGAGCCGGUGUUUGCAAUCAUUCAUAAGAAUGCAACAUUAAUCCCAAUUUAUGCAGAUGAUGGUACCACUAUUGGUAUACAAUUAGUGAAUAAUCUUAUACCUUCCAAUUUUCAUAUAAUUCCAUUCAUUAUACCAAGUAAUUAUUUACAAAAUCAGCAUACCACUGAAUCCUCACAACAAAAUAUUGCACAUGAUGAAGUUUCUUUUGAGGAAACAAUUCCAAAUUUUGUAAAUGAUAAAUUUCAUGAUCCUCUAAAUGAUAGUGAUGACGAUGAUACAUGGAAAUCAGAUUUUUCUCGCAAGAGAAAAGGAAACAGAAGAAAUAAAAUUAGAAGGAAUAAUAAUUUUCGAAGAAGAUAUAGAAGCAAGAAUUGAACUUUAUGAGUAUAUCAUGCUUAUUAAAUUAAAUGUAUAAAAAUUAUAUGUAUACGUAAAUAUUCAAAAAAUAUACUAAUAACUAUACAUAAGACUAAUACGAUAAAAAUGAAGAU